AUGCUGAAUGUGACAUCACCAUGGGCAUUAAUUCUUUCCCUUUUGACUGCGAUUGUUAGUAUUUCCUAUUAUAAUAACAACCCAUCUGCUCCCGAGAUUAGGUCGCCUCAUUGCGCAAGCUGGAACGCCUGGUACAACCCACUCCGAUCAGGCCAGGUCGGAUAUCAAGCCAACGAUUGGAACAUCCUCUACCACCUGGGUGGCAAUGGACCAUGGAUAGAGAAGAUUGACGAGCUUGAAACGCCGGGCCUUGAACCCCCAAAGGGUUGCGUCAUUGAUCAAGUACAUAUGAUCUCUCGUCAUGGGGAACGAUAUCCGACCAAAUCUGCUGGGAGUCGUCACCUCGCACUUCUAAAUCGAAUAAAGGAAGCAAAUGUAGUUCUUAAUGGCUCACUAUCAUUCUUGAACAAUUGGACAUAUUUUACCGAUGAACCACAGAAAGAUUUCGACCAGCUAACCAAGACUAGUCCGUAUGCUGGCACACUGCAGGCUUUCUCAACGGGCGUCCGCUUCUUAACGCGAUACGGACACUUAUUACCACUCCAUGGGACGACAAGAUUAUGGGCAAGCGAGUGUAACCGCGUGAUAGAAACAGCCCAGCAUUUCGCGUCUGGAUUCUUCGGCCUGGAUUGGGAAAAGACUGAAAAGGCUGCGUUGGAGAUCAUCCCCGAGACCCUCGAGCGAGGUGCCGAUACACUGACUCCGGGCGAUACAUGCCCAAAAUACAUCGAAGAUCCUGCGAAAGGCCAUGACAAUGGUGUCAAUAUGCUUGCUCUGUUUCAAGAUGUGUACAUUCCAGCUAUUGCAGAGCGACUAAUCAAUGAUGAGAACAACUCGGCACUUGGAUAUUUAACCAAUCUAGAGGUCUACGGUAUGCAGGAAAUGUGCGGAUUCGAGACCCUAUCUCGCGGGUCAAGUCCUUGGUGCGAUAUAUUUACUCAUGAUGAUUGGGAGAAUUUUGAGUAUGCCCGUGAUUUGAUUCACUACUACCGUGCUGGUCCAGGCAACCCGUAUGCUGGUGCUAUGGGUUGGCUCUGGCUCAAUGCUACGACUGGACUUUUACGGUCUGGGCCGGAAGCUGGUACUAUGUUCUUCAGUUUCGUUCAUGAUGGGGAUAUCGCUCCCUUGGUCACAGCAAUGGAUAUAUUGAAAGAUCCGAAGUAUGAUCCAUUCCUGCCGACCACACAUAGGGUGGAAGACCGCGUCUGGCGUACCUCGUCCGUCAUGCCAAUGGGCGGAAGGAUCGUUUUUGAGAGAUUGACUUGUCCGACUUCAUCGGCGAAGGACCCCAGUGGUGAAGAGGCCUUUCUUCGGGUUAAUAUAAACGAUAAGAUUGUGCCACUGCCAUACUGCAAAUCUGGGCCUGGGCUGUCGUGUCCGUUGAAGGAAUUCGUUGAUCAUGUAGAAAGACGAAGAUCGGAAGUGGGAGACUUUGGAGAAGUGUGCGGACUAGAAAAGGACGUUGGAUAUAUAACAUUCUUACGACAGGGCUAG